AAAAAAGUUGUAAGAAACAUCCCACCCGAGUCGGAAACACCGACGCAUUGAGAGCGAAACCGACACGGGAUUCGCAGUCGCCGUGCAAGUACCUGCCAGUGCCCGGCCGCCACCAUGGUAAAAUCCUAUCUCAAAUUCGAGCCCUCCAAGUCCUUUGGCGUCGUCGUAUCAAGCAACUCGAACCUCGUCUGGACGUCUCGGGGAAAGGCGGGCACCGGCGCUGGCCAGGCCAUCGUCGCCGCCAAUGAGGAGGUUCUAGUGUGGGACAUCAAGAAGGGCGAGCUGCUCAGUCGCUGGCGGGAUGAGAGCUGCAAGGCCAAUGUGACGGCCAUCGCCCAGAGCCGGACCGAUCCCGACGUGUUCGCCGUGGGCUACGAGGAUGGUAGCAUACGUCUCUGGGACAGCAAGAUUGCCACCUCGAUGGUGAGCUUCAAUGGGCAUAAGUCGGCCAUCACCACCCUCGCCUUCGACAAGACCGGCGUGCGCCUCGCGAGCGGCGCCAAGGACACCGAUAUCAUCGUGUGGGAUCUCGUCGCCGAGGUGGGCCAGUACAAGCUGCGUGGACACAAGGAUCAAGUCACCGGGCUGCACUUUAUUGAGCCGGACCCGAUAGUGCAGGGAGAGGGCGAGGAGGAGCAGGCUCUGAUGGCCGUCGACACAGAGGCGGCGGAAGGGUUUCUGCUGACCACCGGAAAGGAUGCGCUGAUCAAGCUCUGGGACCUGACUUCUCGCCACUGCAUCGAGACGCAUGUUGCGCAGACCAACGGGGAGUGCUGGGCCCUGGGUGUGACCCCAGACUUCAGCGGGUGUGUCACGGCCGGGAACGACGGUGAGAUGACGGUGUGGGCGCUGGACGUGGAGGCGCUGGCUUCCUCGGCGCGAAAGGUCGACCUCUCGCAAUCUGUCAACUUCCUCCGCCCCAGGGGCACGUUACACCGGAGCAGCAAGGAGAGGGCGGCCGAGGUGAUAUUCCACCCGCGGCGCGACUACUUUGCGGUGCACGGGGUGGAAAAAUCGGUUGAGAUCUGGAGGAUACGAAACGAGGCGGAGGUCAAGAAGAGCCUCGCCAGGAAAAAGAGGAGGAAAAGGGAGAAACUGGCAAAGGAGAAAAAGGCGGACGGAGAUCUGGAGAUGGACGAUGCCGAGGGCAAGGCCGAGGAUAUCACCCAGGCCGAGAUCUCCGACGUCAUUGUCCAGCAUGUCAUUGUCCGGACGACGGGCAAGGUCAGGUCGGUCGACUGGGCCAUCAACCCGGGGAAUAAGGAUCUGCAACUGCUGGUUGGGUCCACGAACAACCUGCUCGAGCUCUACACGAUUGUCGGGAAAGACAAGCUCAAGUCAAAGAGCGAUGUGCCGGAUUACAGCAAGGCUCUGGCCAUUGAGCUCCCAGGCCACCGGACAGACAUCCGGUCCCUGGCGAUCAGCUCUGACGAUAAGAUGCUGGCCUCGGCCGCAAAUGGCUCGCUAAAGAUCUGGAACCUCAAGACGCAGACCUGCGUCAGGACGUUCGAGUGCGGCUAUGCGCUCUGCUGCGCUUUCCUCCCGGGCGACAAGGUGGUGAUCGUGGGUACCAAGGAGGGAGAGCUCCAGCUCUACGACGUUGCCUCGGCGGCAUUGCUCGAGACGGUCAACGCGCACGAUGGUCACGCCAUCUGGUCGCUGCAAGUCCACCCGGACGGGAAAUCGGUGGUGACAGGAGGCGCGGAUAAGACGGCCAAGUUCUGGGACUUCAAGAUCGUCCAGGAGCAGGUCCUCGGCACGACAAGAACAACGCCCAAACUCAAGCUGGUCCAGUCGAGGAUCCUCAAGGUAUCGGACGACAUUCUCAGCCUGCGGUUCUCCCCCGACGCCCGGCUGCUGGCCGUCGCUCUCCUCGACAGUACGGUCAAGGUGUUCUUCGUCGACACCCUGAAGCUGUACCUCAACCUCUACGGCCACAAGCUGCCGGUGCUCAGCAUGGAUAUUUCGUACGACAGCAAGCUCAUCGUGACGAGUUCGGCCGACAAAAACAUCCGGAUCUGGGGUCUCGAUUUCGGCGACUGCCACAAGGCGCUCUUCGGCCACCAGGACAGCAUCCUGCAGGUCGUCUUCGUCCCGCACAACUCGGACGGCAACGGCCACCACUUCUUCAGCGCCAGCAAGGACCGCACCAUCAAGUACUGGGACGGCGACAAGUUCGAGCAGAUCCAGCGCAUCGACGGUCACCACGGCGAGAUCUGGGCGCUCGCCAUCAGCCACAGCGGCACCGCCCUGGUCUCCGCCAGCCACGACAAGAGCAUCCGCGUCUGGGAGGAGACGGACGAGCAGAUCUUCCUCGAGGAAGAGCGCGAGAAGGAGCUCGAAGAGCUCUACGAGUCCACCCUCACCACCUCCCUCGAGCAGGACCCGGACGAGCAGGACGCGGACCGGGAGGUGGCGGCGGCGUCGAAGCAGACGGUCGAGACGCUCAAGGCGGGCGAGCGCAUCGCCGAGGCGCUCGAGCUCGGCAUGGCCGACCUCAACACGCUCGAGCAGUGGCGCGAGGCGCGCCAAGCCAACCCGGCCGUCGCGCCGCCGCAGCGCAACCCCGUCCUCGUCGCGCUCGGCAACGUCUCGGCCGAGGCGUACGUGCUCUCGACGCUGCAGAAGAUCAAGCCGGCCGCGCUGCACGACGCCCUCCUGGUCCUCCCCUUCUCGGCCGUCCCGAUGCUCUUCACCUUCCUCGACCUCUUCGCCCGCCGCGAGAUGAACGUCCCGCUCACCUGCCGCAUCCUCUUCUUCAUGCUCAAGGCCCACCACAAGCAGAUCGUCGCCAGCCGGACCAUGCGCGCCAUGCUCGACGGCAUCCGCGCCAACCUGCGCCGCGCCCUCCGCAGGCAGAAGGACGAGAUGGGCUACAACAUCGCCGCCCUCAAGGUCGUCGGCAUGCAGCUGCGCGAGAAGAGCGUCAAGGAGUACGUGGACGAGAAGUGGGAGCAGGAGAACCAGGGUCCCAUCAGCGGGGCAAGAAAGAGGGGGUUCAUCCAUGUUUCGUGAGAGUUCUCCUGGGGUGGGCAAAGCGGGCGGUGGUGAUCGCACCACGUGUGAGGUGUGUGUGUGGGGGGGAUUCUCGCCGGUGUUUGAUGCUGUACGUAGUAGGUAUGUAGGAUCGACAUUGGGACGGGCUCGGUGAUUUGACGUUUGGUGUUUGGUGGCCGGGCGAUGAGGAAAAAAAAAGACGAAUUUCAAUUCCUUCUGACUGAUGUUCGUCCUACCGACCCGAGACCAUUGCAGAGAGAUAUUCAUCUCGUAAAGACGAACGUCCAAACAAGAAAUAACAUGCAAGUACACAAAUUCCCCAUACAUGGAGCCCAAGAUCUCACGGC